AUGCGACCAGCUUUAGACGCCUUCGAGAGGGGCAUGGCAGGCGCAGCCGCUGAGUGGCACGCGGCCGCAUCCGAAGUGGACCGCGUCCUCCUCAGCGAGUGGGAGGCAAGGCAGUGCGAGGAGAUGUUCCACCUGUGCGAGCGGGUGUACAGCCCGGCCGAGGCCGCGCUCCGCGACACCGUGGCCACCGGUUACGUUUCCAGUGACGUGGUGAGGGCGAUCCGCGCGGUCGCCUGCCAGAGGUCCGAUUGGCGCGGCCACCCUGUGGCCUGCGACCGCUCGGCAUCGGUCCUCAUAGCGUGCCUCAGCACCGCGCUUCGCGCGACGCGCUGCCACGCGCGCGUCGUGCUGGCGCCGCAGGUGCAGGAGCCGCCGGCUGCUCUCGGCAGGGCUGGCCUGCAGCGGGCGCUGGCCGCCUGCUCGGGGGCCGAGCCCGAGCCCGAGCCAGGGCUGUCCCGGCGGCUGGCCGCGGCCGCAAACGAGGCGGCGGAGCUGGCGCUGAUCUGCAGGGAGGCAAAGGCGGCAGACGGCUCCUCCUCCCCGAUGUCCACGCCCUCGGGCGUGCUCGGCUCCUUCGCGGCGGCGUUCGAGGAGGCGGCGGCCGCGCUGUGCGACGGGCUCGCCCGGCAGUUCGCGGGGACCCACCGCCACGCGCUCCGGGCGGCCUCGGCCGCCGCGUGGCCGGCGUGCGGCCACGGCGCCCGCGCGGCGGCUCCGCCGCAGACGCCGCGGGGCCAGGAGCGCAGCGCGCUCGAGGGGCCCUGCGCGGCAGCCACGCGGUUCCUGGAGGAGACGCUGGACGGCGGGCCAGCCCUCGCCGCGCGGCUCGCCUGCGAGGCCCUGCUGCGGCUCCUGGUUCGCCGCUGGGCGCGCCGCUUCUGCCGGGGCGCGCGGAGGCCGGCCGGGGUAGCCGCCGUGCUCGCGCAGGUGGCGGCAGACGAGGGCGCACUGGACAGGCUCGCGGCGACCUGGGGCGUGGCGGCGCGACGGGCCAGCGGUGGGUCCGAUCCCGUCCGUCCUCUGCGCGAGGUGUGCGGGAUCCUGGCAGCUCCGCAGCCAGAUGCGGAGGCUCGCGCAGGGGCUGGCAGGAUGGAGGAGCUGCUCGGCGUCCAGCAGGCGACCAACCUCGCGGCCGCCGCCGCCGCAGUGUGCUCCGCCGCGGCGUGCCCCGCGGGGCACCGUCGCGGGCGCCGCCGCGCCGCCUCGGCGGGAGCCGCCACGGGCAGCCCGGGCCGCGCGGCGGAGUUGCCGGACGCCGUCUGA